AUGGGCCAACAUUUUGGCCAAUCACCUUCGAGUCCACUGCCCUCCAGCGCGCCGCUGUCGUGGGACGGCAAGUGCCGCAGCUGCCGCAAGCUCAUGUCGCGCUGCGUUUGCUUCCAAGAGACCGAGUCCGACGUGGCCAUGGACCGCGUAUGCACCACCCAUGUGGUGCCCGAUGCCACCGAGACGCGACCGCUUUGGAACGCGCUGCGGAAAAUGCACCGCACGUCAGGUGCGACACGUCAAUCGAAGCUUUCAAGUCCAGUCCCACUGUCACCUUUGGGCAAGCAACUGAACUCAAAGUGCCGCGCCAGAAACAGUGCCGCACUUCCCCCUCUGAGUGUCCCUCCUCCCGUGCUGUCAAGUUCAAGUUCCAGGUCUCAGCACGUCCAUCGGCGCUCCGAAGCGCGUGCGGUGCCAAGCUCUCGAUGCGCGAAGAGGGAGUCGAGCCACGCACUGCCUUCUAAUUGUCGGACCAAAAGCCACAAGGAGAGAUUGCAGCGUGACAGUGUUGCUACUUCUGCGAGCACUCGCAGCAGCUGUAAAGUCGUGAAAGAGACCAAGACAGAUUGUGGCGGGGUUGGCUCCAUGCGGUCGACAGGCAGCACGAACAGGCAUUCGACGAACAAUGCCUGUCAUCCUGUGGAGAAGUUUCAUAAUGGACCAGUAGAGGAGAUGGAGCCUUGCAAUGGGAGUGAGGAUGGGACUGUAUGGGAGCUGUAA